AUGAAGUUCUUCUCCGUGGAAUGGAUGGCCCAGAGCCACCACGACGAGGUGGCGGCCCCCACCAAGCCCCACAUCCCCUGCUUGGUCCAGCCUCGACAGCCCACCUACGGUAAAGGAUACCUGCAGCCAAAACCCAAACCGUCCAAAGCUUCUCUGGAACCGGCGAGCCACGACCUUGACGCACCAAAAUGCGCAUCACCCAUUUCAGACGUGAGCGGCUACUCAUCCGGGUAUGAGAGCGAGGCGACCUCCUCCGACUGUCCCUCCGUGGAUGAGAAGGAGGAGAGCCCGCAGCGGCGGGUGCGCACCAAGUUCACCCCGGAGCAGAUCAGAAAGUUGGAGAAGAUCUUCAACAAGCACAAAUAUCUGGACGCCGCGGAGAGAGAGAAGACGGCGAUGAAGCUGGAGCUCUCAGAAACUCAGGUCAGAACCUGGUUCCAAAACAGAAGAAUGAAGCUCAAGCGUGAAGUUCAGGACAUGAACGCGCAAAUUCCCUCCGUCCUCUUCCACCAUCAGCUGACGCCGGCGCAGUUCCACGACGUCAGAGCCCACUACUCCCCCGGAUACUUCCCGCUCCCCCAGAUGGCCCUGCAGCAGCAGCACGCUCCGCUCAUGAUCCCUCACUUCUACUGAAGACUCCCACAGACUCCCACUUGUGUCACUUAACAGAAAGACGUGCAA